AUGGCGGCGGCCGGGGCGGUGGCGGUGACACGCAGCCCGGGAGCCCCGGCAGGGACGGCGGCUCGAGCCCGGCGCCCGACCCCGGUGCGGCCCGCGCGGCUGCCCCCGCUGCUCGUGCUGCUGGCGGCGGCGGCGGGGCCGGGCGCGGGCGGCGCGGCGCGGCUGUACCGCGCGGGCGAGGACGCCGUGUGGGUGCUGGACAGCGGCAGCGUGCGCGGAGCCACGGCCAACAGCUCGGCGGCGUGGCUCGUGCAGUUCUACUCCUCGUGGUGCGGCCACUGCAUCGGCUACGCGCCCACCUGGCGGGCCCUGGCCGGGGAUGUGCGAGACUGGGCCGCCGCCAUCCGUGUGGCUGCGCUGGACUGCGCGGAGGAGGAGAAUCACGAGGUGUGCAGCGCCUACGACGUCCACUUCUACCCCAGCUUCCGGUAUUUUAAAGCAUUUACAAAGGACUUUACAACUGGAGAAAAUUUUAAAGGGCCCGACAGAGAGCUGCAGACCAUGAGACACGCCAUGAUCGACUUCCUGCAGAACCACACGGAUGGGAACAGGCCUCCUGCCUGCCCCGCCUUGGACCCCAUUCGGCCCAGUGACGUCCUUUCUCUCAUUGACAACCGUGAUGGCCAUUAUGUAGCUAUUUUAUUUGAGAGCAACAGCUCGUAUGUUGGACGUGAGGUGAUUUUGGACCUGAUUCCAUAUGAAAACAUCGCCGUGAAGAGAGCGCUGGCUGCAGACGGAGCCGUUCUGGAGAAACUUGGUGUCUCUUCCGUCCCUUCAUGUUACUUGAUUUACCCCAAUGGGUCACACGGGUUAACCAACAUCGCGAAGCCUCUCCGAUCGUUUUUUUCCUCUUAUUUGAAAUCGUUGCCGGAUGUGAGGAAAAAAUCACUUCCGUUGCCUGUGAAGCCAAACGAAGAAGAAAACUCUGAAGUUGUGUGGAGAGAGUUUGACAGGUCCAGGCUGUACACGGCAGACCUGGAGUCGGGGCUGCAUUACCUGCUGAGGGUGGAGCUGGCUGCUCACAGGUCCCUCGCUGGCGCCGAGCUGAGAGCCCUCAAGGAUUUCAUCACCGUAGUAGCCAAGCUGUUCCCCGGGCGGCCGCCGGUCAGGAAGCUGUUGGAGAUGCUGCAAGAGUGGCUGGCCAGCCUGCCCCUGGAGAGGAUCCCCUACAAUGCCGUCCUUGACCUGGUCAACAACAAAAUGCGGAUUUCUGGAAUCUUCCUUCCUAACCAUAUAAAGUGGGUGGGAUGUCAAGGAAGCCGACCGGAGCUGAGGGGUUACACAUGUUCUCUCUGGAAACUGUUCCACACUUUGACCGUUGAAGCCGGAACCCACCCAAAAGCGCUGGAUGACACAGGUUUCGAAGGCGACCCCCAGGCAGUGCUGCAGGCCAUCAGGAGUUACAUCCACACCUUCUUUGGGUGUAAGGAAUGCGGGGAGCACUUUGAAGAGAUGGCUAAGGAGUCCAUGGACUCUGUGAAAACCCCCGACCAAGCCAUUCUCUGGCUUUGGCAGAAGCACAACCUGGUGAACAGUCGCCUGGCAGGGCACCUGAGUGAGGACCCCAGGUUUCCCAAGGUUCCGUGGCCCACUCCAGACCUCUGCCCGGCCUGCCACGAGGAGACCAAAGGCCUGGACAGCUGGGACGAAGGCCAGGUGCUCCUGUUCCUCAAGCGGCAUUACAGCGGUAAUAACCUGGACCACACGUACGCCGCGGCCCUGGGCGGUGCCGGCGAGGGGGGCGGGCCGGCCGAGACCUCAGAGCGGGAAGGAGGCCGCGCUUUCCCCCAGAAGCCUGGAGACCAGGGCUCCCGGAGUCUCCGUCCGCCCAGCGUGCAGCCUCCCAGACCUGGCCUGUCAGAGGGGCCACACCUCAGACAGGACAGGGCCGGGGUCCCCGGCCGCAGGGAGGCCGAAGCGGCCACGCCCUUUCUGGGGUCAGGCUUCUCCAGCCUGGACAUGAGCCUGUGUGUCGUGCUCUACGUGGCCUCCUCCUUGUUCCUGAUGCUCAUGUUCUUCUUCUUCCGGGUGCGGUCCAAGCGUCGGACGGUCCGGCACCGCCACCCGGCCGUGUAGCGCCUUGGGGAGCCAGCCCGCUACGCGCUGGCGUCAUUUCACAUCAGGGGUUUCACAGACACAACCUGCUUUCCCGUCAGAUGGCAGCUUCGGUUUCCGAGCCUGCGGGCUGUGGGACCACAUUCCCGGCACCCUCAGCGGGCACCUUUUACAGAUCUGCAGCUUCUGUGUUUUCACUCUUCCAGGCCUGAAAAUGGCAGGGGGGGUCCAGGCCAAACGAACAGAAGUCGUUACGCCCACUUUGAUCUCGAGCUCACUAGACUCCACGUCUGUCUGUCUGCAAAGCUUUGUUUUGGGAUUUGGAGCACCCCCCUCCCGCCUCCCCCCGGCGGCUGGGCGAAUGAAUGCAGCCACAGAGCUGCAGCACCGGCCUCCGGACGCCUCUGCCUCCCGACUCACCUGUGCUUUCCAGCUGCUUGGUUGUCUGUGCAGAAGCACAAGCCCAUGGCACGGGCGCCACGGCAGCUCAGAACCAGAGGAGGGAAGCCUUAGCUGUCCCCCUGCUUGGCUUUCACUGCAGACUGGACACUGGAGCAUGAAGGGCGAGCCCAGGGGUUUGUGGCUUUGCUGCAUUUCAAGAACUAACCCGCAGAGGCUGUGUGCAGUGGACUUGGCAGUUGGAAGGGACAGGAGGGCGACUCGUCUUAUUCUGCAGGGGCUGUGCCUUCGCUUGUUUAUGUGGUGAUGAGAGAGGGAGAAGUGAACCAGGGCGACCCAUCUGCCUGCCCUCCCGGGCGGUUCUGGGAGACAUGCUGCCCACUUGGGUGGGGGUUGUACAGUGGGAGGGGUCCCCAGGGGCGUCCCCUUUGUCAUCCAGCACCUGUAGGUUCCCCUUGUGGGGACCCAAGUCUGGAGUGAGUGGUGGAUGCCUCUAAGGCCAAAUUUUACUUGCCUGAAGCUGUUUAACCAAGGGUGCUGGCACAGGGGCUCGUCCCUCAGGCUUUGGUGGUUAAGUUUUUACUAUUUAAUGAUUUUAACACAUUAUUUGUAAAACCCAAAACAUUUAGAGGGAAUGAAGAUGUAAACAAACAAAUGAACUCUACCUGGGACGUUUCCAUUGAGAUGUUUUGUGGCUCUUGGUCGCCUCACAAACUCAAAUGUGUGUGUGUGUGUGUGUGUCUGUGUCUCACUGGGACGGUGGUGAGUAGUUUUCCCCACUUUGCCUGUUUUGCACUCAUGUGCUCACUCAGUAAGGCCACUGUGAUACCCAAUGUCAGCUGAUGCCUGACGCUGUCAUUAGCUGGGAGUCCAUCCGAUGGGAAGACGUGGCUGCAGAGAGCAGGCGGGAGGCCGGGCAGGGUGCCCGGCGGCGGGCGGUAGGCGGCGGUCUGAGCCUGCCCCCUCACUUCUCUGCCACCAGAGCUUUCUGCUUGUUUGACAUAUUUUAACCCCUAGAAGCCUCUUUUUUAAAACCCAUGAGCUUGUCUUCAUAGCUAGUUGUAUGCCUGGGUUAUUGAAGACACCGUGUUGUUUCUUUUCAACUUGAAAACAGGCAGAUUUACACAGAGGGAAAUAGAACCAUUCGUUCCGCUAACUGUGGGCCGCGGGGACGUUGCAGUGCGCCGUCCUGCAUCGUAUCCUUCCCGAGGCCACAUUGAAAAGCAGUGUUGGCUUUUAAGGUCUGUAAUAUUGCAGUUGGAGGUUACCACUACUCGAGCACCACGUUUACAAAGUCUGGAGGGGCAGGGUUUGCAACAGACGUCAGGGAGAGGCGAUGUGCCAAGGUGGCCACGGGAAAUGUGUCGUGUGCAAGUGUCAGCAGUCUUGCACACCUCACGUGGCCUGCUCGGAGCUGGAUGCUGUCUGUGGGCUAGGUAUAAGGUCUAUUUUCUACAGUUGUAAGUAUUCAGACAAUGAAUAUAAUAGUUGGGUAAUUUAAAUGUAUUUAUUUUUAAUGGAAGAAUUUUGAUUAAAAAUAAGCUAAUUGACAUGGAAAUGUCAGUGAAAUUUCUUACCUGGAAAGAAAGUGAACAUUUUGUAUUUAAUAAACUCUAAUGUGCACAUUUUAAAAAUAAAGAAA